AUGAAGCUGUACACGGAGGCGUCCGCGUUUGAAGGCGCCGCGAUAGUGGCGAUGAUUCAGCGGCGCGACGAGGAGGAGGGAACGGAGCAGAAGAUACUUCAGAUCACCAUGGAGGACGGGAUAACGCUCUCCGUCGAACUAGAUCCCGCUGAAAAGCGCCUGAACGAGCUCGGGUACCGGCAGGAGCUCCGCCGCUCCCUACGCUUCCUCGGCCUCUACGCAGUGGGAGUGUCUUUCAUGACUGUCUUUGCUGGAUUCGUCCCCACCUACGCGUACGUCCACCCCCUCCUUCCCUUUCGCAUACCCUUGCCCAAGGGUUCACCAAAGACGGCCCAGCAGGGCUCAUCUGGUACUGGUGGAUCACGGCCCUCAUCGUCCCUCCCCUUUCCGCUUCCUAUCUCCUCCAUUCGCCCCCUCCCCUCCACUGUCGCUCCCCUUUCCCUCCCUCUGUGCAGGCAGGGGUUCAUCAACGGUGGCCCAGCAGGGCUCAUCUGGUACUGGUGGAUCACGGCCCUCUUCGUACACCUUAUAGGCCUCUCCAUGGCUGAGAUAGCAUCCUCGUUCCCGUGGCCUGCUUUGCCACCUCCCGCUGCCGCCGCCGUCUCCCUUCUCCACCUCCAGCAGCCCCCCCUCCCUGCUGGUGUGCGACCUCACCGCCACAGCACCUUCGGCUGGCUUGCUUCCUCACCUGCAGCAGCCCCCCCCUCCCUGCUGGUGUGCGACCUCACCGCCACAGCACCUUCGGCUGGCUUGCUUCCUCACCUGCAGCAGCCCCCCCUCCCUGCUGGUGUGCGACCUCACCGCCACAGCACCUUCGGCUGGCUUGCUUCCUCACCUGCAGCAGCCCCCCCCUCCCUGCUGGUGUGCGACCUCACCGCCACAGCACCUUCGGCUGGCUUGCUUCCUCACCUGCAGCAGCCCCCCCCUCCCUGCUGGUGUGCGACCUCACCGCCACAGCACCUUCGGCUGGCUUGCUUCCUCACCUGCAGCAGCCCCCCCCUCCCUGCUGCUGUGCGACCUCACCGCCACAGCACCUUCGGCUGGCUUGCUUCCUCACCUGCAGCAGCCCCCCCUCCCUGCUGGUGUGCGACCUCACCGCCACAGCACCUUCGGCUGGCUUGCUUUCUCACCUGCAGCAGCCCCCCUCUCCCUGCUGGUGUGCGACCUCACCUCUACAGCACCUUCGGCUGGCUUGCUUCCUCACCUGCUGUAGCCCCCCCUCCCUGCUGGUGUGCGACCUCACCGCCAGAGCACGUUCGGCUGGCUUGCUUCCUCACCUGCAGCAGCCCCCCCCUGGCUCCCUGCUGGUGUGCAACCUCACCGCCACAGCACGUUCGGCUGGCUUGCUUCCUCACCUGCAGCAGCCCCCCCCCCUCCCUGCUGGUGUGCGACCUCACCGCCACAGCACGUUCGGCUGGCUUGCUUCCUCACCUGCAGCAGCCCCCCCUCCCUGCUGGUGUGCGACCUCACCGCCACAGCACGUUCGGCUGGCUUGCUUCCUCACCUGCAGCAGCCCCCCCUCCCUGCUGCAGCCCCCCCUCCCUGCUGGUGUGCGACCUCACCGCCACAGCACGUUCGGCUGGCUUGCUUCCUCACCUGCAGCAGCCCCCCCCUGGCUCCCUGCUGGUGUGCAACCUCACCGCCACAGCACGUUCGGCUGGCUUGCUUCCUCACCUGCAGCAGCCCCCCUCCCUGCUGGUGUGUGACCUCACCGCCACAGCACGUUCGGCUGGCUUGCUUCCUCACCUGCAGCAGCCCCCCCCUCCCUGCUGGUGUGCGACCUCACCGCCACAGCACGUUCGGCUGGCUUGCUUCCUCACCUGCAGCAGCCCCCCCCUCCCUGCUGGUGUGCGACCUCACCGCCACAGCACCUUCGGCUGGCUUGCUUCCUCACCUGCAGCAGCCCCCCCCUCCCUGCUGGUGUGCGACCUCACCGCCACAGCACCUUCGGCUGGCUUGCUUCCUCACCUGCAGCAGCCCCCCCCCUCCCUGCUGGUGUGCGACCUCACCGCCACAGCACGUUCGGCUGGCUUGCUUCCUCACCUGCAGCAGCCCCCCCUCCCUGCUGGUGUGCGACCUCACCGCCACAGCUCCUUCGGCUGGCUUGCUUCCUCACCUGCAGCAGCCCCCCCCCUCCCUGCUGGUGUGCGACCUCACCGCCACAGCACGUUCGGCUGGCUUGCUUCCUCACCUGCAGCAGCCCCCCCUCCCUGCUGGUGUGCGACCUCACCGCCACAGCACCUUCGGCUGGCUUGCUUCCUCACCUGCAGCAGCCCCCCCCCCCUCCCUGCUGGUGUGCGACCUCACCGCCACAGCACGUUCGGCUGGCUUGCUUCCUCACCUGCAGCAGCCCCCCCCUCCCUGCUGGUGUGCGACCUCACCGCCACAGCACGUUCGGCUGGCUUGCUUCCUCACCUGCAGCAGCCCCCCCUCCCUGCUGGUGUGCGACCUCACUGCCGCAGCACCUUCGGCUGGCUUGCUUCCUCACCUGCAGCAGCCCCCCCCUCCCUGCUGGUGUGCGACCUCACCGUCACAGCACCUUCAGCUGGCAUGCCGCGUCAUUCGCCGCAUCUAUUACCGGGCGGAGCGAAUGGGGGUGGGUACCUCCUCAGCCAGUACGCUGUCUUUGCCAUCGCGUGCGGCUUUGUGCUUAUCUGCUUCCUCAUCAACUGCUUAUCAGUGCGCACUGUAGCGACAGUCAUGGUUGUCUCUGCUACCAUUCAGAUCGCAGCAGCAGUGGUGCUAAUUAUCAUGCUGCCUCUAGUGGCGCCCACUCACAAGCCAGCAUCGUGGGUCUUCGGGGACUUUGGCAACAACCGAGACAUCACACUCACGCCCAGCAAUGCCUACUCCUUCCUCAUCACUCUCCUCGUCUCACAGUACUCCCUCUACGGCUACGACUGUGUGGCGCAUCUCGCAGAAGAGACAAAAAAGGCCGACCGGACGGCGCCGCUUGCAAUCAUGUCCUCCCUGACCACAGUGACCGUCCUGGCGUGGCUGCUGGUGGUGGUGCUGACGUGGAGCAUCCAGGAUCCAGCUCAUCUGUUUGCGGCGGAGAGCGUGACAGGUGGCAUGCAACCAGUGGUGCAGAUCAUGUGGGACGUGUUUUACGCGCGUUACGGCUCUGGGUUGGGGGCGCAGGUCUUCACAGUCGUCAUCUGCAUCUCCUUUUUCGGAGCCACUCUCUCAUGCCAGCUCGGGGCAUCUCGCGUGGCCUACGCCCUGGCUAGGGAUGGCGGCCUGCCCUUCUCCUCGCUCUGGAGACGCCUCGCUUCGAACCGCGUUCCAAUAUGGACACUCACGCUCUCAGUGCUCGUCGGGCUGCUCUUCCUGCUGCCUGUGCUCGCCUCCUCCACUCUCUUCUUCGCCCUCGCUUCCAUCUCCACCAUCGCCUGGAUCUCCGCGUAUGCCAUCCCGAUCCUCUUCCGCGCGCUGCAAAAGGAACAGAAUUUCCAGCCCGGCCCGUUCUACCUGCCCAACUACAUCGGAUUCACAGCUGGGAAACUGGUGCAUGUGGUGGCUCUUUUAUGGGUGCUCUACACCCUUGUGGUCUUCAACCUUCCGACGAUCAAGGAGGAGCUCGUGUCGGUGAUGGAGUGGAAGCUGACACGUGGCAAAUGGCGCCCUCGUCUCCUCGACUUCAUCAAGCAUCUCAACCCCAAGGCAGUCCAAACUGCAUCAUCCCGAGCCUUCGCUGCUCUGGCGUCACACCACACCCCUACCACACCUGGAAGCUUGGAAUCCGGUUCGGGAGCAGGUUCAGAAGCCGGUAUUGAAGCGAGCCUGAAGGCAGCAGUAACGGAGCUGUCAACGCUCAAGGGUGUUGGGGCAGCGACAGCGUCUGCAGUUCUGGCUGCGUUUGUCCCUCAAGUAGCUCCCUUCAUGUCAGAUGAGGCCAUGGUUGCAGCACUGGGGGACUGCAAGGACUACUCGCUUCGCCGCUACCUUGUUUUUGCCAAGGCCAUGCGGGAAAAAGCAUCUACCUAUUCGUCGUCAAGAGUAAACACCGUACGACAUCAGUCGUUGACUCGCUUACGGACAUCAUUGCGAAGCGCUUUGACACCAGGUUUUCACGGAAUUCCAGGUUUUAGGGCUAACCCAUUGCCAAGGCAUGGAGCCUGCCAGACUUUUACGGUAAAAGCUACCUAUUAUGAUGAAGAUGAUGAGGAUUUAUUUGAGCUAACUUUUCUUCAACGCUUGCAAAGGGCAUGGCGGAUAAUAUUUCCACCAAGAAACCGUCCUCCGAGCAAUGCCGAGAUUGCCAAAGAGCGGCUUCGGCUUGUUCUGUACACAGAUCGAGGGGAAGUAAGUCCUGAAGUGAGAAGGCGGCUACGACGCAAGAUUAUUGAUGCAAUUUCAGCGUACGUGGAGAUAGAGUCAGAGGAAGACGUGCAGCUGAGUGUGUCAGCUGACCCUGAUAUUGGGACCGUGUAUUCCAUCACCAUUCCUGUGCGGAGAGUGAAGCCGGAGUAUCAAGAGUACUGGAGUGAGUCUGGAUUCAGGGAUCGGUUUUAUGAGGAGAUUCUGAGGGAGCGUGGUCCCAACUCAGCACUCACAAAGCUCGAAAUAAAGAGGGAGCCCACUUGCUCGAAUCCUCCUGCUCCUAAGCUUGCGGGCGUUCUGAGACGUCUCAAAACAAGCGCCACUGCUACCGGUAGUCAACAACCUGCGACGAUGGCGACGAUGGCGAUGAUGGCGUGCACAUCGCCUCCGUCUAACACCCCUCCUUCCGCUCUGCGGCUUGCGACGUUUCGCCUCUCGACAAAACGGCGAUUCAGGCGCAACGCAUUGACCCCUCCUGUCGAUGCAACGCGAUGUCUCUCCUGCCGAUUAACGCACACGCACCUGCUACAUCUCCUCUUCCUGCUGCUCUCUGCAGCACACCAAAUAUCCGCUCACACACCUCAUCUUGACGAUUCGCGAUAUACAUCCGCGAUAAAAGCGUCUCCACAACCAACGGGGCCUAGUCCCUCGCAUUCCAUCCGUCUUCACGUGGAUCCAAACGAGCCCGAUAGUAGUCAAUCCGUGAGAGCAGACGCUCGGAGCGGCGAGCAGACGGCACCAUUGGUACCACCUGCCGUUUUCCCUAGACUGAUUCUUAGACGACGCAAGGAUUCGAAACCGCGACUUCUCCGGAGCACGAGGGCGAAAGCGGAUGGAGCGACGGAUCCGCAUGUUGAUGGUGCAGCGAGGAGGAGCAGGGAUCUGAAAGCAGACGCGAGCCACAUGCGACUGGCAAGAGAGACCGCCUCCACCAUGGCCAUCCUCCUCUACCGCCGCCUCCCGCCCAAUCCCCACACGCCACGUGGCGGAUUCUCAGUGGUCGCGGCACACGGUUCGAGUGAUGGUGGGGAGAGUGGGAGUGACAGCAUCAGCAACAGCAACAGUAACAGCUGUAGCAUUGGGAGUGGGAGCGGCCGGGGGGUUAGUGGCCGGGGUGGUUUACCCAGCCCGUUUCGGGGUGGUUUACCCAGUCCUUUUGGGGGGCAUGCAGCGGCGGAGAGUGAGGGGGAGGAGGCGUCUUUUGACAUUCAGAAGGUGGUGGAGUUUACCCUUGCUGACCUCGUUGCUGCCACUGACGGCUUUGCAGACAAGAACCACCUGGGGCAGGGCAGCUACGGCAAUGUGUACCGAGGGAGGCUCAAAUCAGGAGAGGUGGUGGCUGUGAAACGAGCCAAGGCGGAGAGGAGGCAAGACAUGCGCAAGUUCAAAAAGGAG